AUGCUAGAAAGUUUCAAUUGCAAAACGAAAUCUAAAAUUGACGUCGGUGGACGAGCAGUGAAACUUUUUAAAUAUAAACUUGUGGAUGAAAUUUAUGUUCAAAAUUUUAGCAUUUAAAACUUUAAAACUAAAAAUUUCAAAUUCAGCUUUAAAGUGCUUUGAGUAUAACCGCGAAUUGUUCGUCACACCAAAGACCCCGCUUUGUAGAAAUUUCUUUACAAGAAACACGUUUCCGUUAUUCAACCCAAACAAGUUUACCUUUUCUGUCGAACAUUUUCCCUAUAUAAGUGAAUGGAAAGUGAUUAUCGGACAUCACACAUUCAGUCCAGUUUGUCACAUCUAGUUCAACUUCUGACCUGCGUUGCGAUAUCAUGAAAGUGAUUAUCAUCCUCUCUGCCCUGAUGGCAGUUGGGUUCGCUCACGAAAUCCCGCUCCCUGUGCCGGUACCACAAAUCAAAAAAGUCCCAAUCCCUAUCGUGAAGCUGGAUUUCACGAAAGGCGAAGAUGUGGUCAAACACGUACCGGAAACGGUCUACGAGAAGGUUCCCUACGACAAGCACGUAGAAAUCAAAAAGCCCGUCGAAGUGAUCAAACACGUUCCGGUCACCAAGGAAGUAAUCGUGGAACGACCAGUCGAAGUGAUCAAGGAGAUCCCCAUCGAAAAGGUCAUCAUCGACAAGGUGGAGGUACCCUACGAAGUCAUCAAGCACGUGGAGAAGAUCAAACACGUCCCGGUCGAGAAACAUGUGGAGGUGAUUAAGCAGGUCGAAGUGAUCAAGCACGUUCCAUACAAGCGGUACGUUUUCAACAAAGUCCCCUCGAAGAUCAACUACCAGGUGCCGGACUUUGUGAAGGUACCGUACCAUAUUUCGGUGGCACCGGAGAAGGACGAGAAGCACAGCUAUCUGCCGAGCUUGCCGGAUCCGAUUGGACUGGUCAAGAAGCUUCUGCAUCAGAAGUGAUUGCGUCUGUCGUUGAGAAGUGAAAGAUAUUUAUUUAGAAACAUUAAAACUUUUUAGAAUCUUAUCAGAAAUGU